AUGAAGACAUUAGAAUUAAAGCUAUUUGGGGCAGUAAGGGGGAAGGUCGGAGACUUCCGUGCUUUCGACAGUAGAGCCUUGUGGGAAGCUGCUAGGAUAGGGAAGACAUCAGGAAUCUGUUUCAAGAAACAAAAUAUAACAAGCCAGAACCCUUUAACUGCAGGUAAUUCUGUCGGGAAAAACGAUUCUGAAGCUAUGAACACCACUGAGAAACUCGAAGAGGGAUACUCAACACAACGACCUCCAAUGUUUAGUGGCAAAUACUAUUCAUAUUGGAGAAACAGGAUGGAGAUCUUUAUCAAGGCUGAGUACUAUCAAGUAUGGAGAGUCAUUGAAGUUGGAGACUUCCAAGUCACUAAGCUAAACACCUCUGAUGAAACCGUUCCUAAACCGAUUGCUGAAUUUGACAAAGCCGACUACGAAAAACUCGAGCUUAAUGCCAUGGCUGUCAAAAUUCUUCACCGUGGACUAGGUCCAAACGAGCACAAUAGAGUAAUGGGAUGCAAGAAUGCGAAGCAAAUUUGGGAUCUGCUCCAAGUUACUCAUGAAGGAACAAACGAAGUCAAAAGAUCAAAGAUUGAUCUUUUAAUGCACCAGUAUGAGUUGUUCACCAUGAAGCCUUCUGAAACAAUUCAAGACAUGAUCACCCGCUUCACUAACAUCAUCAAUGAAUUGAACUCUCUUGGCAAAAUCAUAACCCCUGAGGAACAAGUUAGAAAGGUUCUAAGAAGUCUUCCACAGGAUCCCUGGAUGGCCAAGGUAACUGCUCUUCAGGAAACUAAAGACUUCACCAAGUUUAACCUGGAACAACUAGCUGGAUCCCUCCUGACUCAUGAACUGCAACUAAAUGCACGACCUUCAGAGAAUAAAAAAAAUAGGGCUCUCGCUCUAAAAACUGAAAAUGAUGAAAACUCUAAAGAGGAUGAGGAAACAGCCCUAUUUGCUAGGAGAUUCAGAAGAAUGUUCAGAAACUAUAAAGAUGGAGAUCACAGAGGCAAACCUAACCUGAAAUUCUCUAAAACUGAUACUGGAUGCCAUAAGUGUGGAAACUUGGAACAUCGCAUUAGGGAAUGUCCCCUCUGGGAUCAAGAACGAGGAAAAGGAAAGGAAACAACCAAAGACAGAUUCAAAGAUAACAGGAACUCAUUCUCCAAAACUGAGGUGAGAAAGGCCAUGAUUGCUGCAUGUUCAGCUCACCUGUGCCUUGUAGCUGAACAUGAAGAAGAUGGACCUGACUCAGAAUCUGAAAAAUUCCAGGCAAGUCUCGCUCAAAUUAAAAAUAAACUUGAAUCUCUUUCCAAAUUAGAAUUGUUUGACCUACUUUCCUGUCUCACUAGUGAUUAUGAGGAUCUCCUAAAAGAAAAGUUAGAUUCUGAUAAAGAACACCAGACUACCAUAAAGGAACUUACUGAUGAGCUAGAAUGGACAAAAAAUACUAACAUAGAUAUAGACAAUCGGUUCUUUAACCUCUUUGAUCAGAACCUCCACAUAAAAGAAAUCUGUGAAGCCUUGCGAAGUGAAAACACCUGGCUAAAACAGGAAUUGAUUGAUCUAGAAGUAGCCAAGACUAAAAGCCUUUACAAAGGUGAACUAGAAAGAACUCAACUGGAACUAGUCAAGAUUCACCAAGAAAAGACCAACCUAGAAGAUGAACUAGCUAGAAAGACUAGACACAGAAUAGAAGGAACACCUAAAUGGAUAGAAGAAGCUAGAACCAAACGCACAGAAGGACUAGGUUUCAAUUAUAAGAAACGUCACCCUAGAAAGACUAGAGUAGAUCUCUACAGUGACAUAGUAUGCUCCUUCUGUGGUCUAAUUGGUCAUUACAGAAACUCAUGUCCCAAAAACCAAAGAGGCUUGGAAAAGAACAUAGAACACACCAGAACUAAAUGGGUCGAAGUGAGGGGGAACAACACAUGGUAUCUAGACAGCGGUUGUUCCAAGCACAUGACAGGAGACAGAAACAGAUUUCUCUCACUCACGACCUAUGAAGGUGGAACUGUGACUUUUGGCGAUAAUAAAAAAAGUAACACUGAUACAGUGAUCUUAGAGGGACAGAGGAAAGGGAACACAUAUGUGGUUAACCUUAACUCUGUUCCUCACUCCAAUCUGACCUGUCUUAGUGUUAUUGAAGAUGAUCCAUUAUUGUGGCAUAAAAGAUUUGGUCAUGCUAGUUUCUCUCUAAUGAACAAGUUGAAUUCAAAAAAAUUUAGUCACAGGUCUUCCGAAUACCAAGUUCGCAAAAUUAUCAGUAUGUGA